CAGCGCCCGCGGUGGUCGCGAGAGACGAAGAGACCGCACAGCAGCAGCCGCGAGCGAGGAGAGAGUUCUGGGGACAAUGGCGCUGCCGCGCUGCCUGGACAUGUUAAAUAUCUGGUAAGCAGCAUACAUCUCCUCAAAUAUUUCGGGCUUGGGAUCCGCGAAGCCCAGGCGUGCUCGAAGCGAGGCAGGCAGGUCUCGACAAAGAGCUCGGCCCGUGGCGAGACGUAGCCGCGGGCACAAUAGGCAGUGUGAGAGCUGGUCAGGUCGGCCGCAUCCGUAGCGACAACGGAGUAGGCCAUCGUGAUGUACAAUGCGGGCGGACGUCAACCAGCCGUUGUUCCACGUCCUGAUAGCGGCCAUGGCCCAGCUCUGCGGGAGGAGACGCAUGAGCUCUCGAAUUUUCUCCCACUGGACACGAUGCAGGAAGGGCUCGCAGUCGCAAAGAAUCCUUCUCAGGUAUCUCUCGAUGGCGCGGCUCAGCGCGCCCCCAGCUGCGAGAAGGCCCGAAAGAGUGGCGGCAACAGCACGUUGAAGCCGGGGACGACGGUCAGUGCAGGACAGCUCGUCAAAGAGAGAGGCCCGAACAGCCACCAACCACUCGUCGGAGGAUUGAUCGAGCACGCCAUCGAGGUUCUCAGCGAAAGCGGGCGCCUUCCAGUUCCUGGGGUACGUGCGCGUCCGAACGGUGGCGGAGAGUGGAGUAUCAUCAAAAUGUCCGUCGGCAACUUCUUGCCGCCAGCCGAUCGUCUUGGCCUUCCUCAUGCCGAGGUAGGUCGGGAAGCCGCGGAAAGUGAUGGCAGCAGCCCGAACCCGAAGCAGUGCAGCGGAGGCAUGAUCCGCACAUGAUGGUAGCCGCGGCCCGCCCCAACACUGGAGUUCAGGGACAGCUUCAUUGCUGAUCAUGCCGAGCGGGCACCGCAAGACCUGUGAGAUAACGCCUCCAACGUGAGGAAAUUGGGCGGCAUCGGGACAAACUGGGCAACAUAAGUGAGAACAGAGUGAACGCGAGUACGGCACAGAGCGGAGUUGACACUACUCGCCGCACCGGUGCGGCUGAGCAUGCGACUUCUUGUGCGGACUUUGGCGAGGGGGUCACACCAGCACCUGUCUACGGUGGCGCUUGCUCU